GGAGGGACGAGCGGCAUGGCGGCCCCUGAGGAAGCUGCGCCCGGCAAGGGACCCAAGAGCCCCCAAAACAAGAAAGCGAGGAAAGUAGAUGAAUCUGAACUUCUCACUGUUCCCGAUGGAUGGAAAGAGCCACCCUUCACAAGAGAAGAUAAUCCUAGAGGUCUUCUGGAGGAAAGUAGCUUUGCCACGCUCUUCCCAAAAUACAGAGAAGCUUACUUAAAAGAAUGCUGGCCAUUGGUGCAGAAAACGUUGAGUGAACAUCAUAUAAAUGCAGAUUUAGACUUAAUUGAAGGAAGCAUGACUGUCAACACAACAAAGAAGACCUUUGACCCAUAUAUCAUCAUCAGAGCCAGAGACUUAAUAAAGCUUUUAGCAAGAAGUGUUCCAUUUGAGCAGGCUAUACGUAUUCUUGAAGAUGACAUUGCAUGUGACAUCAUUAAAAUCGGUAGCCUUGUGAGAAACAGAGAUCGAUUUGUUAAGAGAAGACAAAGGCUUAUUGGUCCCAAUGGAUCUACUCUCAAGGCUCUAGAACUCUUAACAGACUGUUACAUCAUGGUUCAGGGGAACACUGUAUCAGCUCUUGGACCUUUUCAUGGCUUAAAAGAGGUUAGGAAAGUAGUUCUGGAUACAAUGAAGAAUAUUCACCCUAUAUAUAACAUCAAGACCCUGAUGAUUAAGAGGGAGUUGCUAAAAGAUCCUGAAUUAAGAAAGCAGAACUGGGACCGUUUUUUGCCUAAAUUCAAACACAAGAAUUUGAACAAGCGGAAGGAACCAAAGAAGAAGACUGUCAAGAAGGAAUAUACUCCCUUCCCACCUCCACAACCAGAGAGUCAGAUUGAUAAAGAGCUGGCAAGUGGUGAAUAUUUUUUGAAAGAAAGUCAGAAGAAGCGUAAGAGAGUAGAGGAGAUAAAAGCAAAACAAGCAGAAGCGAUUAGUAGGAGACAAGAAGAAAGAAACAAAGCUUUUAUUCCACCUAAGGAAAAGUCCACCGUAAAUCCCAAGAAGGCUUCUGCCGAAACUAAAAUUGAUGUUGAAGCUAUUAAGGAAAAGGUGAAAAAGGCAAAGAAGAAGAAGUUGGGAGCACUUCCUGUUGAAGAAGUUAAGUUAAAGAUUGCAGCAGAUGAAAAGAAAAAGAAAUGAUUUUUAAAGUGCUAGAGUGUAGCCUUUUCUAAGAUGAGAAGAAUCCAUGGUCUAGAUUUGACUGUCUUUCCUUGCCAACUUCAUACUGUCCGUGAACACAGGAAAGCAUCAGAGUGUCCCCUUCUCUUACUGGGAAGAUCUGGCAAUUGAAGGAUUACAGGAAGUGACUGACAGCAUCUUCUGUUGCAUACUGGAGAUUAUGGGGAAGCAAACAUUUGCAGAUUCACAAUAUCCAUGAGAAUAUGUUCCAAGACAAGCUUUUGGAUGAAGACCUCUGCUUGCCUGAUGCUGUCAAUACAAGGGUUUUAUUCAGUUUGUGAAUAUUGUCUAGAUAAACUCAGUACUAUUUGUGAUGUUGUCAUUUCGACUCUUGCAAGCAGCAUUUCUGUGAAACUGCAAAAAGGAUAGUUUUAUCUAGGGAAAUGUUAAAUCUUUUUUCCUCAAAGUACAAAAAUAAAUUGGUAUGUAUAUAUUUUUAGGAUGCUAAACUAUGUAACUUCUACUAUCCUAGUAAAUUAUUUUGAUAUAUA